GAUUUAUUGGAUCUUGGACAGAUAUCUAGCUCUGGUCAGUUGAAUGAAUAUAAAAACUGCACUCAAUAGUUUAUUUGUAAAUUGAUAUCCUCUCACCCACAGAGAAUGUCCACAUUGUUCCCGUCACUGUUGCCACAAGUCACAGAGUCCUUGUGGUUUAAUCUGGACAGACCAUGUGUCGAUGAGAAUGAAUUGCAACAGCAGGAGCAGCAACAUCAGGCCUGGGUGAGUCCGCGACUGUAGCGAGCAUGUGUGUCCUACCUGGGUCCCCAGGAGGUUAUGUGGGAAGCUGAAUUAGAGUCCUAAUGGCGAAUUCCCCAGACUAUAUUUGGCGCAUAAUUAUGACAUGUAGAGUUAUUCUAAUGUGGAUUUCUAAGUCCACUACUCAUAGGGAAUUUCAAAAUGAUGUGGACCAAUACAAAUUAAGCGAUUUAUGCUUACCUCUCCAACUCCACGUUGCCCUGUUGUAGUUCUAGUAGACCAAGAGCGCGUUGCUUGUGUAUACUUCUCCUGGUAUCUGACUUGUCUGUUUAAUCGUUUCUCCUGAUAUCUGUAAUCCUGUGACCAUGACUUGUUAUAAUGUUUAUCCAUGUCUCUCCUGUCCUUGACAUUCUCUCUGACUCCUCUAUCAUUAGUACGUACAUUUAAAGGACUGGUACACGGCUAUUCUACUUAUUUUGUUAUAGUCCGCACGUUUACGUUCCACACUGAUCCUGACAGAUACUCCAAUUGUACAUCUUGAAGCACAGGUCGUCAAUCUCCAUCCUGGUGGGAAACCUACUUUACGUAUUAUCUGCCUGAUGAUUGGCUGGGCUUGUGAUUAGCAUUUUACAAAGCGUUCAUGUUGCGUUGUGUAAUCUGUUUCAUACAUGGACAGGGUUAUUAAAGUGAUUCUAUGGUGCCAGGAAAACAAAGCCAUUUUCUUGGCACUAUAGGUACAUACAGUGCCCCCGUCCUUCGUGCUCCCACUCCUGCAGCGCUAAAGGGGUUAAAACCCCUUCAGUGGCUUACCUGAAUCCAGCGCUGAUGUCCCUCAGCGCUGGGUCAAUCUCUGUCACACUCCUCACCUGUCAGGGGAGACCUAAUGCGCAAGUGCGGCAAUGAUUGUGCUCGCAUUAGGAUUUCCCCAUUGGAAAGCAUUAUUCACUGGUUUCCUAUGGGGAAAAAAAUCUGACGACGGAAGUACUCAUGCAGAGCGUGAGGACGUCCAGCGUCAGAUACCGGACCGAAGGUCUGUUUCAAUUCAGGAAGCAAAGUCCUUCUUGUGGCUGUCUGGUAGACAGCCACUAGAGGUGGAGUUAACAAUCAGAGGUAAUUAUUGCAGUUUCUUAGAAACUGCAAUAAUUACCAUUGUAGAGUUAAGGGACAUGGGACAUUGCACCCAGGCCAGUUUAAUGAACUGAAGUGGUCUGGGUGCCUACAGUGUCCCUUUAACCAAUGGGAAUUCAAAGUAAAUUCGGAGCUUUGUUUGCAUAAAUGUAUUUUGAAUUACUGACAAUGCUGCGUAGAAUCCAUGAAGAAGGACUGUUUUCACACCAAAAUCACAUAAACAGAACGCCAGUUCAUUAUGAAAUGUCCCUUCCGCGAUUGUUCUGACGGACACUCGUCCAAGCAGCAUUCUGUCCUUGAGUUAUUGGCUGUCCGUGUGAUUGUUGUAGCUUUCAGCAGCCAGUGACAGCUCUGUAAGAGACAACCAAUAAAAUAUCACAGUUCAGUAACUGAUUGGCACCUUCUGCAUAAACAGGUCAGAUAAUGCGAAAGGCGUUGAUCGGCUCUAAUGUUCAAACUGCGCUGGGGGAGGAGCUUGCUGCUCUGCAACCCUCACCUGAUACAAACUGGCAGUGUUACACUUGUAGGGUGUGUUUUCACAUAACUUGUUAAGGCCUGUUACCCAUUCACCAUUCUGGGAUUAUCCAAACCAGAGCUGCCGUGUUAUUUGUAAAACCCUGGCUAUUUACCCUCCACCCACACAUACAAUAUUGUUAAUGCUUAAUCUAAAAUAUGUUUUUAUCUUUCAGCUCCAGAGCAUAGCUGAGAAGGACAACAGUUUGGUUCCCAUCGGCAAGCCGGCAUCUGAGGUAUGAACGUUCGCUUGAAUUGGUGGAAAUGUGGCAGCUUAUAUCCAUUUACAUCCAUUCUCAGUCUCUAUGAAAGAUAUAUUAUUUUCUUUCUCCCUGAGCAGAAGCAAUGUGCGCUUAAUGUGUGGCUACAGAGUGGGAGGAGCCUAGGAGGAAUUAUGGCGGCAAAAUUUUUUAAAAUAUUUCUUCCUUAGCGGUUUGGUUGUAAUGGGUCAGUUAUGGCAAAGUCAGAGCAAUCCGUUCCAGGAUAAGGAGGGUUGGAUUUCUAUAUUUAAUUUGAUUUUCCACACCUCUCAAUUACAUAUUGUUAAAUAUAGGGAUAAGUAAACAUAUUAUGCAAAUCAUUAAAGCAUUACAUAAUAAAUUAUAACAAAUGAGAUUCAUGUCAUGUGACCAAAAACAAAAGGAAAAUAAAGUGCUUAGUUUUUGUGGAUUUUUAUAUUAAGUAUGGGCGAGACGCAUUAUGCUAAACCAUGAAUGAAUCCUUCGAUGUUUUAGAUAUGAUCCGUUUCUGGGCCUUUCCAGAUAGUUUUCAACAAAACAGAUUUUACCUCCUCUAGACAUGAGCUAACAUUGAGCAGGGAGUCUUGUCUCGUGUGGCUGGAAUGACUCGUCUUCUAGAUACAUUGUGAUCGCGCGGAGGGUUCCCAGCCUCACUAUUGCCGUCUGUGAUUAUUAUUUUUUUUUCCUUAGCCUUAUGACGAGGAUGAAGAGGAAGAUGACGAGGAUGAUGAAGAUAGUGAAGAAGACUCAGAAGAUGAUGAAGACAUGCAGGACAUGGAUGAAAUGAAUGAUUAUAAUGAGUCUCCUGAUGAUGGGGAGAUAGAGGUGAGUUUCAGGACAUUUCUACCACUCUCUCACCAGACUGGGUUGGAACACAAUUAAUUGUGGUUCUGUAGAAUCCAGAGCUUUGCACUUCAAUGACACAGUAAAUACCUGAUACCUUAGAUCCGGGACAAAUCGUCUGUCUGUGCUGAAACGUUGUUUGGUUUGUGUGUCCCCCGUAAAGAGCCGUCCUGGAACAUUGUGAGUGCCAGAUCUUUUCUCUGGUAUUUGUUUCACCAGAUUCCAAUGACCGCAUGUUAUUUCGGCCCCUGUAAAGUAGUUUGAUUAAACGGCAAUGAUAGGAGCUGGAUGGAUUAGCCACAUGGCGAGUGUGCAGAAUUUUACACACACAGCUAAAAGUUACUGUCGUUCUUGGAAAGUUUAUUUUUUUGUGAAAAGGGAAAAAAAAUCUGGUACUCUUGGUCCUUAGUGACACGCUAUUACAUACUGUCAGGAGAACAUUUUGACAUGUGAUCUUAUCAUGGCAAAAUAUUGCCUUGCUGACUGUUAAUGACACAUUAAACGCACUGUGUUUAUUUACUGAUCAGACAAUCGUUCUAAAUUGGCACUUUUUGCCUUAGUUUUGCCAAUUGGUUUUAAAUUCAUUACAUUUCGUUGUUAAGUGAAUAAGUCCCACUGCUGGAUUUUUUUAUCUGUUCUAUAUUGACAUCUGGUAAACUGAACCAAACUCCGCUCUGAGAUAACAAUGUUGUGGAAUUUUUUGUCGAUAGCUAAUUCGGACAGAGAGGAAUCUAAACAAAAUAAAAUGAAUUAGCCUAGCAUUGUUUCAUGUAACCCCAACAUAUUUUCAGACAACCUGGGUUUCCCGGUUCUAAAGCAGGAACUACCACUACUCUAACCAGCCUAAAACAUAACUUUUAAUAUUCCUUUAAAACUGUACAUUUGUAACACUAAAUUUAGUCACAAUAAGAUUUAAAAAAAUGGUACUGGUUGUAAUUUUUCCCCAAGAUUUCUAAACUGUGAUAGCAGAGAAAAGCGCUAAGGAAUCUGUUGGCGCUAUAUGAAUGGCAAUAAAAUUAAUAAUAAUUGCCUAUAAAUUAUAUUGAAACUGUCUUCUAAAAUUCCACCACAAGGUGGCCCUUUCAUACUACAAAUCAGGAUAGUAACCCAACUAAAAUGAGUUAGAGAUAUAGCCAUUCCCAAUAUCAAUAGACUAGAACUGUCCCCUACGGCCCAUUCACACCAAAAUAGAAAGUAACAGCGUUAUUCAUUAACGUGAGAAUUCAUUGUGAAAUCAAAGUGAAUUUCAAAUUUAAGGUCAAAAUAGCCAAGCUAGAAAAGGUCUCUAAGUCUGUUAUGCUUCCAGUUUGAUUACUCUGGCCUUGUAUAUGAAAUUCACUUAGAAUUCUCACUUUAGUGAAUAUUAGAUGGAGAGAGGAGAUUAAAGCACUGACCCAGGCUAGCGCCCCAAAUGUGUUGCUGAAAAUCCCCGGGUCUGUUUUACAUCUGACUGACUUGCCAGCCCUGAGUAAGAAACUUUGUUACUGCACCUUUAAGAAAUGCAGAUCCUCUUACAACGCUUGCGUGCUGAUCAUGUGACUGGAUCUGGUUUGGGCUCUGACAUCACAGAAGUGCUUACCCUUCAUAUUGGUUGCUGUGUCCUUUGUGAACCCCCUCCUUCAUACAGCAAGAUAUCAGCGGACUGAUAUGUGUAGUGAAACAGUCCAGCCAUAUGUUACCUAGGGUUUAUGCCAGAUGUUUGGGAGUCACAGCUUUGUACAAUAUGUAGGAUUUAUGGUUUGUAACACAUUAAACCUGGGUAAUUAAAGGGACACUCCGACAUUAAUACAACGUUAAUACAUUAAACCUGGGUAAUUAAAUGGACACUCCGACAUUAAUACAACGUUAAUACAUUAAACCUGGGUAAUUAAAGGGACACUCCGACAUUAAUACAACUUUAAUACCUUAAACCUGGGUAAUUAAAGGGACACUCCGACAUUAAUACAACGUUACUACAUUAAACCUGGGUAAUUAAAUGGACACUCCGACAUUAAUACAACUUUAAUACCUUAAACCUGGGUAAUUAAAGGGACACUCCGACAUUAAUAAAACUUUAAUACCUUAAACCUGAGUAAUUAAAGGGACCCUCCAGAAACCAAUACUACUUUAAUGCAUUGAUAUAUCUGUGUAAUGAAGGCCAGUUUAAUACACUCUCAGUGAAAAUAAGCAGGUGGACUAUACUUGGACCUGUGGCUCAUGGAUCUAAUGUUAGUGUAUUUUCUCCUUUUUUUUUUUUGAAUCUGCUAAAGUGAUUUGUUUUUGAUUUGUGAAGUGACAGUUUGCGUACAUCUAUUUGUGGGGUGGUAGUGGGUGUUAUGACCAACCCACCUAGUUGGUUGCAAACCUCAGCAGUACAGGAGAGCAGACAAUACAUCCCAGGGGCCAUGAGAAGAAAUGAGACACAUUGGGGAGGGAGGAGAAGAAAUGAGACACAUGGGGGAGGGAGGAGAAGAAAUGUGACACAUGGCGGAGGGAGGAGAAGAAAUGAGACACAUGGCGGAGGGAGGAGAAGAAAUUAGACACAUUGGGGGCUGAGGGAAUGAGACUCAUGAGAGGCUGGGGCAAUACAAAGAAACUCAGAGGGGCUGGGGUAAAACGGACAGAGGCUUUAAUUUAACCCAUCAGAUUUUAGUCAUGUCGACUAAAAUCUACUGGAGAUUUAGUCGACUAAAAGUAAAACAAUUCAGACGACUACAAUAGGACUAAACCUAAAAUGACUUUUUUUUAGUCAAAACACUGACUAAAACUUGAAAUUUGCCGCCAGAACUACCACUGGUGUAAAUGUAUGUCAGGAUAAGCCGGUCUGUGGUGAUAUAUAGUGAUAUCAUGCUCUCCACAUGUGAAAUGACCCCUAAAUAGUGUUAAUUCACAGUCACUCACUAAACAACAGAUUAUAGUAAAUUGAAAACCAACAUUAAAACGCUGUACUGAAAAGAGCAGAGUUUUAGGAUUUAUCUAGCACCACUAUUAUGGCUAAAUGUAUCCGUUCAGAUUUCAGGGCUUAGUGAAUAUACCCCGUGGGGUCUUAUUGUGAUCAGUAAAACACAAUAUGACGAUUGUAAGCGUUUGGGAGGGGUUUAAAUCAUCACGCAGGAGGAGGGCCUGGUCUUUUAGCUACCUAGCAGGGACCUUGGUGACAAGUCUAGUAUUUUUGCUAUAGAAACCAUGGUGUCAUAAGAGGAAUUGGUUGUGAGGUACAGCCAUUCCCUAUUUCUGUGACUAUCCUGGCUUAUUGUGGUAAAAAUUUUAGAAAACCUUUUCAAUAUAACUUAUAGGACGUUGGAUGUACUUUUCUUUUCAUCACUGUUUUAUACUAUUUAUUAGAAAUUACGACCAUUACCAUUUUUGGGCUUCGGUACAUUUUUGAAAUCUUAUUGUGACUAAAAUGAAUGUAACAAAUGUAUUGUUUUAAAGGACCACUCUAGGCACCCAGACCACUUCAGCUGUUUUAUACUAUUUAUUAGAAAUUACGACCAUUACCAUUUUUGGGCUUCGGUACAUUUUUGAAAUCUUAUUGUGACUAAAAUGAAUGUAACAAAUGUAUUGUUUUAAUGAAAAUUAUGUUUUUGCCUAAUUCAUUUACUUUUUUUGUCUUGUGGUUGACUUUUUAUGAAAUCACACCUUGACCACUUCUUUUGGUAUGGAAGGAUCUGAAUCUUUUGGUUUGUGCCUCGUUUUUGUGAUCAGACAGUUUUCAUGCUCACUAGUCACAUUGUAUCCCAGCGACCAAUUACCUAUUUAUCUCUGUUGCCAGGCUGACAUGGAAGGAGCCGAGCAGGACCAGGACCAGUGGAUGAUCUAAAGGAAAUUGCAAGAAAUAAACACCACUUCCCAGUGAGCUGUCCAAACCUGAGGACAUUUCUGUGCUAAUAAAGGAAUCGAAAGAGACUGGUGUUCAUGACCUAAUGACCAACCAAUGGGAGUUGCAGUCUGUAACAUAUUUCUUAUGACCUCCUUGUUGUAUACAAUGUGAUGAUCCUCUGUGUACCACUUAGUGCCAAGCUUGGUACUGUCAUGGUAUGGACUUCAUUAACUAUGGUGCUGACCUUUACGAUCUUUAAUGUGAUUGAGCUCGAAGAAUCAAAUUUAAAUGUACACAACUAUUCUGUUCUAAGGUUUUCAUCCAGUGUCAGUCUGGUGAUGGCACGCAGUGCGUACUCUCCAGGCUGGCAUCAAAUUGAGUGCCAGGUGCAACCUCAUACGCAGUGUAACGUUUUAUGUUAUGUCUGUAAUAAACAUUGUUUUUUUUACAUUUAUUUGGGGGGUUUACCAUAUCUGUGACUAUGAACUAUAACAGAACCCAUAGUUUGGUUAUCUUUAUAGCAAAUGAUUUAAUUCAGAGGUAGGUAGAAAUAAUGCAUUGUAAGGCAAUGUGUUACUCACACCUUUAAGAUAGGUUAAUAGUGCUGUGUGUGUCUCUCUAAUCUCUGUACUGCGAGGAAGUCUUCCAGGUCUCUGCCAGGGCCUCAUCGUUUUUUAUAUGCCAUGAGGGGUACUGCCUGAUCGGCUUACUUAGGAGAUAACAUGGGCCAUGGUGUGUUAUUAGGCCCCAUGUCCUAAAUAACAUGCUCUGCUGGAAUUGGUAAAAGCUGUACAUCACAGAUCACGUAGAUCAUGUCUAAAAUCCUGUGGGCACUGAGGAUUCCAAUGUCUCUCUACAAUAAGAAGAUUGUAUGCCAUGGUGAUGGCAUGAUAAUGGUCUGACAGGAUGGGGUCCCUACUUCUAGGUCUUCAAAAAGUAAUUCCAAUAAACUUGUCGUUCCAAUUCUGGACUGAUCUGAUGAUCUGACCAAUUCUAGGGUCUUUAUCAGCCAGAAACCAAUCCUGGUGUGGAUAGUAUAUAUAUUCUCGCUAGACAGAUGGAGCUCUCACUGAGUUGAUCCUGGUCUCUAGUUCUUUAAUUCUGGGUCUGACAAAAUAAUUUGUUUUUAGAUUUUUUUCACUUGGUGAUUUAUCCUAAAAUCUUGGGACUAUUUGUGAGAAGAAUAGAGCCAGUGUGUAGGUGCACAGUUACACAAGAUGUGUAAGGCCCAGGACGUAGUUGUAAGGUACGGGACCAGACUUUUUUUUCACUUCUUUUUUUGUGACCCUCCACCCCCAGACGAAUGGACUUUGUGAACGUUUCAAUGGCACACUGAAGCAGAUGCUCAAAACGUUUACAGCCUCAUGUCAGCACUGGGAAAGGUUCCUUUCCUACCUCCUGUUUGCCUACUGCAAAGUGCCCCAAGAGUCUACAGGGUUCUCCCCCUUUGAACUCCUAUACGGGAGAAAAUUAUGAGGACCCCUAGACCUCAUAUGGGAGCACUGGGAGGGUGACAUAGGAGAGGGAGGAAUCCUUAUUCUCUAGGUCCUGGAGUUGAGGGACCACCUCCAGGCUCUCACUAAUUCUGUCAGGGAGAAUCUGCGAU